AUGGAGCGUCCGUCCACCCGCGACGGCUCUUCCACGCCGGCACCAACCACACCCUCCCCGUCCAAACGAGCCUCCACCUUUGCAGCAGACAGCAUGGCGCCCUUUGACCCCGUCUCCUCGGACCGCCUCAACAUGCAGAUGGGCUCAGAACACCGACUUUCAACCAACAGCCUCGGCUCCCCUGGAAAGAAGGGACACUCGCGCGACAGUUCGGUCAGUGAUAAGAUCAACCAGUUCAACACCCUCGCCUCCCAGAGCAAACACCUCGAGCGCAAGAACGCCGACGCUGCCCUGAAGCGCGCCGUGCUCGGUCGUGAGGAGGCAGAGGCCGAGGUGCGCAAGUACAGGGACGACGUGCACAAGCACAAGGAUGAAGUGCGCGCGCUGAAGAAGGAGAUAGAGGAGGGGAGGAAUAGAGAGAGGAAGGUCGGCGAGAGGCUGGAGACGGUCAUGGAGAACUAUGGUCGCACAAAGGAGACGCACGCCCACACACAAACACUGUGGGAAAAGGAGAUACGGCGGAUGCGCAAGGAGACAUUCAAGAGCCAGUCCGCCAUCGUCGACUUACAGGAGCAACUCAAUGCCGCCCGCGCUGCCCAGAAAUCCGCAGAAGCAUCUCUCCAGAGAGAAAAGGAGCGCAGCUCCGCCCGUGAGCAGGAGGCCUUCCAGGCCAGAUAUAAUCAGGUCGGCCUGCAGGAACAGCUCGAAAAGAUCCGCUCCGAGCUUGACCAAGCCCUCGAGCGUGUCAAGCUUGUCGAGCAGGAGCGCGAUGCUUUCAAGACCCUGGCCAAGACAGAAGAGGACGUGGCGAGGAUCGCCUCCGAGGGCAGGCUUCCGCUGCCACCAGCUAGUCAGGAGGACGAGGAGGACGAGUUUGCGAGCCCGAGGAAGUCCUACGACUCCCGUGCUGUGUCGCUUUCCCUGGUCGACGUCAAAUCCUCUGCUUCCAGCGAGAUGGAGAUUGAGGAACUCACACGGCUUUGGCAGUGGGAGAAGCAGCGUGCCGACCGUGCUGCCGACCAAGUCGAGUAUCUGGAGGCCGAAUGCAGCCUGCGAGCAUGCUCUUGCAUGAAGAAGCGACCCCGGUCCAGCAUGAUGGGCUUGCUUUCUCCAAAGCGUCAGAAGCGAGCUGCCGCCGAGCCUCUACCACCCCUGGCCGACCCGUCGGACCGAAUGAUUCUUAGUGAGAAAGCGACUGCUAUCCCUCCGCCAAGUGAGACAUCUGCUCAUGCCGUGAAGCAGCCAACAAAGAAGAAGAACAGCCAGAGCGGUGAUAGCGAGGAUAGAAGAGCGACCAUCUUCCUGCCUGAUUUGGGCACCUUUCGCACAGUGAGCAUGGAGGAGGCGGACGCCAUGGAGAGGGCUCAGGAGCAGGGGAAGAGAGACGAGCCUGUGCCGGCGGGUGUGGAGGCGGAUGACAAGCCCAUGGAAAACGCACCCCCCAACGUCGUCGAGCAGGAGCGGGCAUCACUUGUGUCUCUCCUGGAUGCCCCCCACCACCAGCAACAGCCAUCGCAGUUCAAGGUUCCUGCGAUACCAACCACGCCAAGCCUCAUGUCCGAGCAGGCCAAAGAAACUGCCCCGAGCAUCUUCCAACGAUUUGGAACCACCGCGCGAGCCGAGACUCGUCAGCCACAACCCCGUCGCUUGCCUCUCGGCUCCCAAGAUCCAAACGUCGAGAUUUCUACCGCCGCAACCAGCUUCAAGACAUCCUACGACUCCCGUCCACUCACCGCACAGUCUUUCUACACAUCUACCACGACCACGUCCGUCCCUCUGCGCGAGGAGAACUCGGACCCAAGCAUGGCUAAGAAGCUGCUCGCCUUGCAGAGAACCCCUUCGCGUGGCAAAGUUGACAACAACGAGAUACCGACCUGGGACGUCAAUAAUCCUGCCCUGACCCCCACGAUGACGAGGGAGCAGGCCCUGGCGAAGAUCAGGGAACGCCGGGGCAGAGCUAAGAGCGGUAAUGCAGGCACUGCGACGCCGUACAAGGGCAUGAUCAGGGGCGCGCGGGGCGACAGGAGGGACGUGAGCGCACCUGCGGGCCGGAAGGGGCGGAUCGGCUCAUGA